GAUCGUUUCAAAGCAGGUGGUGUGAGCCAGAACGGGAUAAGACGCACAGUGUUCGGACAGACUGCAAAACAACAUCCAUGUCCGCCAGAGGGGAAAUGAGAUUACUUUCGCCGCAGCUGUUAGCUGGAGCCGACCUGCCCGACCGAAGGGAUCCAUCAAAGAGAUCUUUGAUGGAGUCGUCCUUGCCGGAGCGCUCCCGCCUCAAGCUGAAGCCGCCGUCACAGGAGACCUUGGCUAGGAGGCAGCGUGAGCUCGAAGAGUCUGACAGGAUGCGCUUACUUCCCGCCCAGCUGUGGCAGAGCUGGUCUGUGACGAACUCGGGUACUUACGGCGUGAUUUUCACAGAUGGCAGUCAUGCCUUGAAGGUGUCUAUUCGGGGCGUGGAUCCCUCGAUGGAGCAGUCAUGCGAGAGGCAGGUCACUGAGGCGGUGGUGUACAGCUUGGCUUCCGAAUUGGGCACACAGGUCCCUCGAAAGGCGCAGCUGCUGGAACGCUGGGGAACGGGUUCUCUUCGAGGUACGGACGACUGCUUGCGAUCCCACCUUGUCCUGGACUUGCUGCAGCCGGAUGUCCAGCUGCCAGGAGAGAAUCUAGGUAAGCUACUGGGACGUUUUGAUAUUGUAUCCUUCCGUUAUUGUUUCAAGUGGAUCCAACAUUUAUCAAUCCUGCUUGUUGCUGUUGGAGGCUUUUUAAAGGGCCAACCUAGGAAACUGCUUCUGUCAGUGCAGCUGGGCCAAACCGACCUGGGAGUUAGCGCUGGCUCUUUCAUCGAAGGUCCAGCGGCACUCGUCGGUGGGCAGAACAAGUCGCAAGGUUGGAGGAAUAUGAAUGGUGCUGUUUUUGCAAAGACUGUGGGCCGCGAGGUUGCAGGGGAAGCCUUGCAGGAUGCUGGCUUCCUGCACGGAUACUUGGAGACCUUCGGUCUCUUCCUGCAUGACUCGGAGAUGAUAUGGGGAACGGUCGGCAGCGGGCGCGCCUGCCUUUAUGUGUUGGAUUUCGACAAAGCCAUCCUUGAUUGCAAUCCCGACGACAUCGAGAGGCUGCGGUGCAGCGAUCCUGUCUUCCCACGUCCUUCACAAAGAACCAUUAUGGCAGAUUACUGGGGUGCCGUUUUUUGGCGUGGUUGGAGUGCCGGGAAGCGUGCUGCCCAAUCCGUCCUAGACAGGAGUCGGAUGCCCUUUGGGCCGCAACGAGUCUCCCAUCGUUUCAAGCAGCAUUUUCUCACAUCUCUGCGCCAGAAGUGUACAGUUGGCGCCGGAGCCGACAAAGUCUACGUGCGAAUCGGAACUAGCGUCUCCGCAGAGCCUUAUGCCAUAUGCACAGCAGAAUCGGCGAACGACGGUGGUUGCGUCGUGUCCUGGGAUGAUGUCUGUCGCAGUCAUGGGCCAGCAGAUGCUCUGAGCAGUGGUGGGCCCAACAUCACGGACGCCAGGCUCAAGGCCCGCAGUGGGCAAGCUCUGUACACAGUCCGGAGUUGCAACUGGAACGAGAGGCUUGGGAAAGUAUCAGCCGACGAUAUCUUUGUGCUUGUCCCUGGACAGGAGGAGCUUGCACCUGUCUCCUUGCGAGAGUACUUGAAGAACAUUGGCGAGUACGGAGGCUAUGCAGGUCUUGCGCCUGACACGGAUCUAUCGGAUCUGGAAGCCGACGAUGCGGUGAGCAUCAGGUUCCAGACAACCUUCCUUCCCGUCCUGGAGGACGGAAGUAUGGAAUUCUGCGCCGAAGCUUUCAACUACCAGACCCGGUCGGAGGAAGAUCCGAAGAACCUGGUCCUUCUCUGCACCUCGCAAGGGGCGGCCUUGCAACAGCAGGGCGUGGGUAAUCAGCGGCUCUUCUUGCACGACGUCCAGGCCGAUGGCCGCAUCUCGCGGAGAUGGCUGGAGGCGCAGCGCACUGGCCAUCGGGUGGGCGGCAGCCAGGAAGAGAGCAGCGAAGCGGCGGCUGCUGCCGCUGAGGUGGCCGCAGCCGCUGCAGAAGCUGCCGCAGAGGCGCGGGAAGCUGCGGAAGCGUUUCAAGACGGCGCUGAGUCUGCGGAGGCCGAGGCGGCUCUCCGAGCGGCGGCAGAGGCCCAGGAGGCCAGCCGACAGGCGGCGCAGGAGGCUGCAGAGCGCACUGCCCGUGCAGCGGAGGCAGAACAUGCUGCAAGUGAGGGGAAG